AUGGAAUUGAGGAAUUGCAUGAGUUUAGAAAAGCUUCCAAGCAAGAUGCGCGCACUGAGACGUUUGAGGAUUGAGUAUUGUCCGAAAAUAAAGGGACUAACCACUCAAUUUGCUGCUCUGAAGGAGCUUGAAAUAAGGGACUACGAGGGAGUGGAGUCGCUGGAACAGAUCAGCAUAGAAUCGCUAGAAUCUUUGAGUGUUUACGGAUGUAAGAAUCUGGGAAGCCUAUCACAGUGCCUUCGCGCGCUCUCCAAUCUCACUGAAUUAUAUAUCGAGGAAUGUCCAGCAUUGGAGAUAGAGGACUUCCCUGCCCUUCCCAUCACCCUCUCAUAUUUCUAUCUCGAUAAUUGUCCGAAGAUAAAGUCUCUACCAAGUCAGUGGCAUCAUCUUACAUCCCUCCAGAGGCUACACAUUUGGGACUGCCAAAAUAUCAAAUGCUUCCGCAAAGGAGGUUUGCCUCCCAAUUUGCAGAUCCUUUCAAUUGUAGGGUGCGAGAAUCUGAAGCAGCCAGUGACAGAGUGGGGCUUACCCAAUCUCACAUCCCUCGAGUCUCUGACAAUUGAUGGGAGGAGCAUGGGAGGGGAGGGAGAGAAGGAGUGGUUUCCUUCAGAGGAGGAGGAUGCGUGGAGUCUUCUCUUUCCUUCCUCUCUGACCUCUCUUGACAUUUACAAUAUGAGGAACUUGGAAAGACUAUCAAGCGGUCUUCCCAACCAUCUCUCCUCUCUUAAACAGUUAGGGAUUUACGAUUGCCCGAAGUUGAGGUACUUGCCAGAGGAUGGGCUCCCUCCCUCCCUCCAAUAUCUAGAGAUAUUGGGAUGCAAGAUUCUGAAAGAUGGAUGCUCAAAACUCACUGGCCACUACUGGCCCCUCAUCCAAGAGAUCCCGAGCAUCUACAUAGAGGACGUUCGGAUCCAAUGAAUUGAUUCUUCCACACACGAUACCAUUGUGAUCUGUCUCAGCAAAAUCUCUUGGAAGGAUCACUUGCGAAUACUACGGUGGUAG